ACUCUCUCAUGACCGGUAUACGUAGCUGAGCACCACCGCAUAUGGCACGCGAUCGUCUCACGGGCAAACCCCCCUGAAGUGCCCCGACCGACCGUACCGGUACCCGGUGCGGAUCCACAGAUAUGUAGAUUGAGCCUACGUACAGUGCAAGCGAUGCGUGAAAACAAGUGCUGCCGGGCUGGAAUUGUUUACUGCAAGAUUUUAAGUUAAUUUCUCAUAUGUCUGGAUAGGUCGUUGGCCUGUGGGUUAGAUUUGAAUUGUGUUCACUGGACUGCCAAAACAGCACUCAGCAGUUCAAACUUUGUUCAAGUUAAAAAUCAGUCUCAGAGUUUCACAGCUGUGAGUGAACAACUCACAACACAACUUAUGCAGGCAGUGUCAGUGUGAUCUCGACUCAGAAUAGUGCCCAGAGAAAUCAUCUGCAUCUGCUAACCUGUUUAGCUGUAUUUUUAUCCUGGGCUUUGAUGUGUGGUGAGCUGCUGAUCAUUGUUGGAAGUCAACAGAUGCAAUGCCACUUUACAGAUUUCAUGAAAACCAUGGGGUCAAUGUGCGGCGCAGCGAGGAUGGUGAGGUCGCCAAGCGUACCUCCAGCUUUGCUAAUGCAAUCACUUUCAGUGAGAACUCCAUCCAACCUGGAGAGAUAUUCAUGGUAGAGGUUGAUGAACAAGAAUCUGGAUGGAGUGGACAUCUCAGGUGUGGACUGACACAGCAUUGCCCUUCCAGAAUGGCAGCACUCGCUCCUGGUGAUGCCAUUGGGCCGGCUGAAGCGAUAGGAGAUGUCAUUCGUAUUCCUCAGUACUCCAUGCCAGAUCUGACUAGCAUGGGCAAAUCAUGGAUCUUUGCAAUCACGAAGCAUCACAAUAAAGUGCCGCGCACAAUACAGGAUGAUGACGAAGAGCAGAUGGAAGCGAGCUCUUUCAUCCAGAACUUCGGGAAUGCCCUUCAAGUCGGUAACAAGAUCCUGCCCCAAUCUCUCCUGGUCAAAGACUUCUGUCACAUAGACCUGGAAACCCCUGGUCAUUCUCUGUACAAGAAUGGCAAGCAGUUCUUGGCUACAUCGAUAGGUAGUAGAAUCGGCAUUACGUAUGAGAUACAGACAAUUUCACCCAAUGAACAAAGGGCAAACAUGCAUCUUAUCAUUAAUGGGGAAGAUCAGGGCUCAUCUCCAAUGGACAAUGCAGACUUGGAAAGCCCAUUUUAUGCCAUAGUGGAUGUCUAUGGAACUACUAAACAAGUCAGAAUAGUUCAGCUAAAUUAUGUUCCCACUCUUCAGGAGUGCUGUCGGAUGAGAAUACGAACGUGCAUCAAGGAGAACCAGGUGGCUAGACUACCCCUUCCUGCAAAGCUCAAACGCUUCCUAAGAUUUGAACCAAUGUAAUGUGAACUCAAAGGUCAAACACACUUCAGGCUUGGGUAGGAUAGACUUGCUUGCUUCAGGACCCUGUUACUGUACACAAGUUUUACCAUAAAUUGUAUCUUCAGUAUGCUAUGACUUUCUUGGUUUAUUAAUAAUACUCAAUAGCCAAUCAAAAUCAUCAUUAUUUCCAUGCAAAUAACUGUACAUGUAGAUGGCUAUAAGCGAUGUUUGUAAGUAUAUUGCAACAUGUGCUCAUCCCCAAAGAUAUAUAUGUUUUUAGGCAUUUGGUUAGUUGUAGGUCCAUGGUUAUGACAUGGCAUAGAAAUAUAUUUUAUUUUCCCAAUGUAUGGGGGUGAUUUUGAAACAUUGUGCAAUCAACUGGUUACUAAGCAGUAUGGAAAACAUACAUUUACACUGUCUCGCCUGUCUGGCUACAUGUAAUAUUUGAAAAUAGUUUACACUUGAGUUUACUUUCGGAGCCAGAACAAUAGAGUGACCAAACCAAAACAAUGACCAUGGGUUCACUUGACCUUUUCUUAUGUUCUAGCUGUAAAGUUUCAUGUGUCAACUAUUUUCAAAAGAUGUUGACUUGGUCAGUAGCCCUCUUAUGUGACACUGAGUGAGGGUCCUGUACGUUGUUUAACUCUAAAAAUGUAUGGGAUGCUAAAACUAUGUUCGUUAUCAUAGUAACUGUAGUCAUGUUUCCCAAGCAAUAACCCCAAAAUAUGGUAAGUUUUAAGCCUUCUUUUGGCACUUCUGUGAUGGCCUAGUUUCAGUCGUGGUUGAUCCUUGCCAUUUGAGGUGACUUUGUUGCACAAUGUAAUAGCAAUUUUGCACGCUAGGUACAGUAUGUUGCAUUUUUUGUAAACUCAACUGUCAAAUCGAUUGCAGUGCUCAUGGCUUGGUAACCACAUUCAGUUUUUGUUAUAUUUUCAUCUUACUUUAUGAUUUAAUCUUUCAUUCUAUCAUGACCUCAGGGGUGUUUCACAGAGAUUUAAAAGUGACUUUAGAGUUGUGCUUAACCUCUUAUUUGCAUGCGGUUUAAAAGGCAUCAUCGCAUUGGUCAAAUUAUGCUAAGACGUGCUGCUGUGUAUUAUUAAGAUAUUACGGUGUUACACAACAUGUGGGCAUCUGCACUAAGCUUGACUUUCUGUCACUUUAAAUCUUUUUGAACCCCCUCCCCCCGGUCAAACAUUUGUAAAGCUGCAUUAUUUUGAUAGAAUCAGUCGAAAUGAUAGUGUUUUUGGUUUAGAAUUCUAUUUUUUGACCAUAGAUGUAGGCCUACUUGAUACUAAUUACUAAAUAAUUUUUUUAAAAAUCAAUUGUUUUGUACCUGCUUUUAAUAUAAAAUUCCUUACAUUUCCAUAUAAUGUGCAGGGAAUCUUUUCCCUGGCCUGAGAUGUGUUUUCCUUCCUUUUGAUAGAGAAAGGAUGAUUAUUUGAGGAAGCUCAUAGUUUUGAAGCUGCUUAUAUUGUGAUCUAUUUAUUUGCCAGAAAAGAUAUAUUUUUAUCUUCCCGAAGAGAAACAAUUUAUGUACAUGUAAAUAGACAUGUGUGAUAAUGAAAUCAUUAGCAAUGUAUACUGUAAUGGAAUGCUGUCAUUAUCAAGCAUCACAGAUGGUUGUUGACCUGUGGUGUGCAGUGAUUACUUGUUCAGCCAGGCAUAAUUUUAUGCUGUUUAAGAAGCUAAUUUAGACUCGGAGUCUAUUCAAUAUUCAUCAUCUUCUUUUAAAGUAGAUCUUGUGCUUAAUAAAUCAAGAUCACCAACUCAGUGUUUAAUACAAUGUAAUUUCUUUUUUUAAGCUUGGUUAUUGCAAUCAGUAAGAUGCAUGAUGCUCAAAUGCAUUCAUAUUUUGCUCGUAAUUGUUGUUACCAUAACUUAGUCUUAGAUUUAAUCUUUGUGUCCAAACGGGAGUAAGGGGUCCCCUGACUUUUUUUUAAGGAAUCGUUAGUAUGGUGAAUAAUAACCACAGAGGAUUUAAUCCAUUUCUUGAUUCAAAUACAGGAUAAGAUUGUUUAGUUUGAUACAGAGUUGUUGUAAAGCACUAUCUCCAUUGGGCUUUUCAUUUGCAAGGGCGCAAAUGUAAAAAAAUGGCAAAAUCCUGUAGUACAUUCAUAUUUUAUGCCACAAAAGUGUGCAAAAUGUGCGCUCAAAUGUCCAAAAGUUUUUUUGAUUGUUCGCGGUGGUAACUUGAUGGCGCUUUUCAUUCAGGAGUAAUCUCAACUUCUUUAAAAAUAUCUUCUGAAUUAAAAGUGAAUUGUUGACACUUCCGAAGAUUCAAGCACACAUUUUGGGCUCUUUGUUGCAUUAAUAACAUUUACAAAUGUUAAACCUUUCAUAAACUCACUUAUGCGGAUAAUAUCCUCGUAAUUUGGGCGUAAGAUCGGAGCGGGACCAGAGUUAUCCGCAUUAUUUCGAUGCUGCAAUUAUCCAC